AUGACAGACUACGAGCGCAUCAAGCAGACGUGCCUGGAGAAGGGGGAGCUCUGGGAAGACCCUGACUUCCCCGCUAAUCAGUCCUCAGUGUUUUACUACCAGACUCCCCCUUUUCAUUUUGAGUGGAAGAGAUCUAAGGAAAUAUACCCAAACCCUUCGUUUAUACAUGAUAGAAACGAAGUGUUUGAUGUUAUACCUGGCAAAUUAGGAGACAAAUGGAUGGUGUCCUGUCUCGGCGUCCUUUACAUCACAAAAGGUCUUUUCUACAGAGUUGUACCGGCUGAUCAGAGAGUUGACGAAGCCUAUGCUGGUGUGUUCAGAUUUCGACUCUGGUGGUGUGGACAAUGGCUUGAGGUGCUUGUGGACGAUCGUUUGCCAACAGUUAAUGGAAAUUUGGCAUUUCUCCAAAGCAACCACACAGAGCAAAUGUGGCCGGCACUACUGGAAAAGGCUUACGCCAAAUUGCAUGGAUCUUACGAGGCUUUGAAAUACGGGAGCUUGCUGGACGGGCUAGCCGACCUUACAGGGGGCAUUACCGAGUCACUGCAGAUGACCGAACUGGCUGAUGCUGAGACCCUGAAGAACUUGCUAAAGAACACGAGUCUAGUUACCGCACACCAUGUGGCCGCUGCACCCGAAGACAAAAUUCCCGAGCUUCAAGCAGAAAUGAAUUACGUGGUGAUGAACGUGGAACAGGUGGAAAGCACUAAGGGUCCUGUACAUGUCGUACGAGUGCGUCGACCACUUAGUAUUGGAGUAAUUCCUGUACCCUACAUUGUACUUAAUUCACAAUCGUGGCAGACAAUAUCACAACAAGAACGGGAUCGAUUCAUAUCAACACCCAAAGGAAUGUGGAUGCUCUUCUCCGAUUUUCAACGCGUUUUCACUCGCGUCGAAAUUGUUCACUUAGAUUCGGAAACCUGUAGAGCAGAACCGUUUUUAGCUGAUAAACUCAAAUGGCAAAUGAAGAUGCACCAAUCUGGAUGGAAGAGAGGCGUCUCGGCUGGAGGAUGUCGCAAUUACGUGCAUUUUUUCCACACGAAUCCCCAAAUACAAAUAGUCUUAUCUGAACCGGACACUGUCAUUAUAUCUCUGAACCAGCACUGCAUUAUGGAACCUAAAGUCAUUGGAUUUAGUAUUUACAAAAUCCCUGAACCCCUAAACAAGACUGCGAAAGCCCUGUUCUUUAGGAAAGUAAAAAGUACUAUCAAUUCUCAAUAUACAAAUAGUCGGCAAGUUACACACAGAUCACCAUUAGAACCAAGUGCUUUUAUCAUAAUGCCUACAACGUUCGAGCCACGAGACGAAGCUAACUUUACGUUAAGAAUAUUCUCAAACAAACCAAUUAAGAUGAAAGUUCUGGACAAUCCCCCUAGAAUGAUAAAGACUGCUUUAGUGAAGGCACCACCAGUAGUUGAAGUAAACAGCUUUGCGCAGUACGAAGCGGUGUUCCUUCAACUAGCCGAUGAACACAAGACUAUAGACCCAUUUGAAUUGCAAGAAUUACUAGAUGCCUGCCUUCCAAACGACUACAUCAAGAGCUGUGCCUCCAUAGACACGUGUAGACAAAUUGUUUUGUCUUUAGAUAAAAAAGGCACAGGUCGCAUAUCGCUGUCAGACUUCAAGGACCUCAUGUGCAGUUUAAAACAUUGGCAACUUGUCUUCCGGACGCAUGCAAGAGAGAAAAUGGGAGUCCUCAGAGCGGAAAGAUUCCGGGACGCCUUAAGAGAUGUCGGUUUCAUAGUACCCGAGAAAGUAAUGAACCUUCUAGUAUUAAGAUAUAUGAGGAAAGACGGCAUGUUAAGAUUUGGCGAUUUCGUUUCUGCUGUUAUGCAUCUACACCGUGCUUUUGAAAUAUUCAACAAAAGCAACACUCUUCGAACGGAAGGUAUCCAAAUGAAUUUAACCGAGAGUGGCUGAAGAAUGUAUUUAUGUGCUAG